AUGGGGCAACGCAGGUCUCUGCCUGGUCAUGAGCUCCAGCUGUACUCUGGUCCUGCUGUGGUCAGGGACAAGUCAGGGGAGGUGGAGUGUAAGACUGCCGGGCAUUGCUGGUUUGGAAGAAGGUUAAUUCUCAGAUGGUUUUACUUCAAGCUUGCCAUUGCUGACAUCUGUGCAGCCGUUGCUCCUACCUUCCACAUUUACUGCUCAUUACGCUUCUUGGCUGGGAUUGCAACCAAGGCCGUCAUGGAAAAUAAUAUUAUACUCAAUUCAGAGUGGCUAGCACCUCGAUUCCAAGCCGUGGGAAUGACCUUGACAAGCAGUAUGGUUGCUGUUGGACAGAUUAUACUGGGAGGACUGGCGUUUGCUAUUUCUGAUUGGUUCAUCCUUCAGCUGGUGAUUUCUGUGCCAAUAUUUGUCUUCUUCUUGUCUUCAAGGUGGCUGGUAGAGUCUGCUCGGUGGCUGAUUAUUAACAACAAACCAGAGGAGGGCUUAAAAGAACUUAGAAAAGUUGCACACAGGAAUGGAAUAAAGAAUUAUGGAGACAUCCUAACCAUGGAGGUUUUAAGAUCCACCAUGAAGGAGGAGCUGGAGUCAGCACAGAAAAAACCUUCUCUGGGUGACUUGUUCCACGCACCCAACCUGCGUAAAAGGAUCUGUUGCCUGUCCUUUGUGAGAUUUGCAAUCGUCCUGCCAUUUUUUGGCCUUAGUCUCAACCUCCAACAUCUAGGGAGCAAUGUUUUCCUGUUGCAAGGUCUCUUUGGUGCAGUCAUGCCCCUGGCCAAUUGUGUUGGCCUUUGGGCACUAAAUUAUGUGGGCCGUCGAGUAAGCCAGAUGUUUUUCAUGGUACUCCUGGGAAUCUGCAUUCUGGUAAUUAUAUUUGUGCCUCAAGGUGAGAAAAGAACAGACUGA